CUAGCUGUCUGCACGCCCUUCUACCAACUUGGUGUCUCCCAGCAGUCUGUGCAGCCUCACAGCCAUUCGCCGAGUGGGGUGCUCACUCUCACCCUCCCGGAGGCUCGGCCACUCCUCCAGUGCAGCCACACACUGCUGCCAAAGCGCCAAGUCGCCCAGACAGGCAGGGUGGCUGACCAGGGGCGGCAGGGUGAGCGGCGGGAGGGGCGGCACGCCAUGGGAGUCCAUCGGCUCGCGAAAGAGCGAUGUGUCUCUGUCUGAGUGGCCAUCGACAUGGUAGUCGCGGAGCAGCGAUAUCUGGUGGUGCGCGAGGGCGUCGAGCGUCUCGCCGCCGGCCAUUUUCAGCCUGAACCAGACACACAAGCGGGGCGGGUAGGUUUCUCGACUGACGGUCGUCUCGUUCUGUCUCACUUGGAUAUCUUGGUCUCGGCCGCAGCGGCCACCAGCCGUCUGAGCAGCUGACGCACCAGGUCUGUGGGGCCGAUGUGGGCGAGGGGAAUGCCCCUGAGGCCAUCCCUGGCCGUCAUGGCCCUGCUGAUCAAUCGCUGCACACUCUAAUAAUGACACCCGUACCACAGACAAACAACACACACCACACAUGGUGUCUCUAUCGUCUCUCUGCGUGUGUGUGUGCUCACCCCACCCACCCGCAGAAUGUCCAGUUUGACUUUCCAUGAGCACCCCACCAGCCAGUCCACACACGCGCGCACAUAGGUCGCCAGGGCGUCGCUGUCGAGCGCAUCUCUCGGCUGCUCGGCCAGCAGAACCUCGGUCAGCUGCAGGCAGGCCACCAUCAGCGGAUCCAAUGACGCCGACGGCUGGUCGGCCUCUGCUGCCGUGUCAGAGGCCUUGUCCAGCACCUUAACAGAGGGAGAGAUAUGGCCAAAGUGUGUGGGUCUGUGUGGUGGCGGGAGGGGGGGUGCCUGCCUGUGUGGCGAUGGCUUUGAGCACCGGAGCCACUUGCGGCUCGAUGACGUCGUCGACCAGCUUGGCCUCCUUCAUCUCUGCGCGUCGGUGAAUGUACUUCUCAAUCGCCCUGACGGCCGUGGUGCGGUCGGCCACCGUGCUCUUGUGUGCGUAUGACGACACCCCCUUACACACACACACACAGAGAGACAGACAGUUCACACACAUACCCCUCUCCCCCCUCUCUCUCUGUCUCUCUCUGUCUCUCUCUGUCACCUGAAUGAGCUGGUUUGUGUCAGGUGGGUGUCUUAUGGCAGUGAGCACCGCAGCGAUGUCGAGAAGCGCCGCAGCGACGGCCGCGCCCCCAGUGAAUGUGGGAAGGGAGAGGGCGAAGGAGUGGAGCGUGUCGUAGAGGCGCCGAAGCUCCGCCCUCUCGUCUUUGGUGCAGUGGGAGUCGGGCACCGACCCACCACUGCGGCUCUGAGGAGUGAUCAAUAUGACACACACACACAGAGAGAGACACUCGUGUGGUGUGUGUUUCUGCGGUGAGGUGGAGAGGGGGCGGUGUGUGUGUGUGUGUGUGCGUGCUGUGUGGUCAUACGAGGAGUGACGGGAAGAGUUUGUCAGUGAGUGCGGCGAUGCACUUGCAGCAGUCCGUCUUGUCGGCGCGAGAAGGGCUCGACAGACCCUGUGUGUGCACCACACACGUAUCGCCUCUCUGCUGUCUGUGUGCGGUGUGUGGCCUCCCUCACGUCGAUCAGCUGUUUGGAAAUGUCGGUGAGGAACCGGUCGAUGGCCGCCGACUCGCUGGGCGCCAACUCAUCCCACAGCUGCACACACACACACACACACACACAUACACACACUGCCACCCUCCCUCCCUCCCCGGCUGUCUCUCUCGCUGCUGACCUCAGUCCAGACUUUGCUGGUGCCCUCGUCGCUGGCGAACCGCAGCACAAAGGCCAGGCCCACCAUCUCGCCCUUGAGCUCAUCCAGAUGCUCGCCGCAUUUUCUGCACCCCACAAACAUCAUGUUAGAACAUUGGCGAAGGGGCCAUGUGUGUGUGUGUGUGUGUGAGAGUGUGUCGGCACCUGGCGAGCUCGAUCAGUGCGGUGCCGGCCACCUUUCUGUAGCUGGCUCGCGAGGCCUCGUCGCUAAGCUGGGGGGGCGGCGCCUUGAACAACCUCCUGGUCACCUGACACACACACACACACACACACGUGUCCGUGUCCGUGUGUGUGUGUGUGUAUCAGGUGACCGCACUUCUGCGAGUGUGUCGUGUGCGGCGAGUCGCCCCAUGUGCGCAAAGGCGGUCGCUGAGGCCCUCUGGACAGCCACUGAGGGAUCGGUCAGAGAGCUCGACAGCACCUGCAGGCAUCAACGAACGACACACGGGGGUGCCUGUCUGUCCGUCCGUCCGUCUGUCUGCCUGGUCGCUCGCCUUGAGCAUUGUGUUGGCCGCUGUUUGGUCGAUGGCCAGCCGUCCCCUCUCGCCAGCCACCCAGGUGAUGAACUGACACACACCCACACUUCAGACACACACAGGACAGCACAGGACACACAAUGGUGCGCACAAAUGGUGCGCCCGUGUGUGUGCCAUGUGCCGAUUGCAUACCGAGUAAUGUGCCCCACACCGGUUCUUAGCAGCUGUGAGAGCGCGGGCACCAGCUCAGCAAAUCUGGGAGGGUCAACCAUCGGUACCUGUGGGCACACACCACACACACACACACACACAGAGAGAGAGAGGGUGGGCGACUACACACACAGAGUGGUUUACGUACCAGCUUCUGCAGUGUGGCCCAGUGGGUCGAGUCGAGCCGCUGCGACAAAGCCACCCGAGCACUCUCAAACUGCGCCUGCGAAUACCUGCACACACCGACACACACAAACAUCGAGCACACACCGACACACACAAUACUCAGAUGUGUGAGUCGGUCCAGCCCACUCACCCAAGUGAUUCUGCGUGGAACUGUGUGUAGGCCAGACUGCGGUCUUCGGAGGCUGCCAGGGCCUCAAUCAGGAAGGGCACCACUUUGCUGAGCAGCAGUUGUGUGUGGCUGCCGGCCCUCUCCAGCGAAGCCUUGAGCGUGUCCAGACACAGCAGACACACCUAAGACCACACACAUGACCCACAUGACACACAGGACACACACACACACAGAUGGCCCCGACGCACCACAGAGCCCACCGCUUUGUUGCUGUUGGUCUCGGUGAGGGCCUUCAUGAGCUCGACGGUGGUCGGCAGGGCUUCCAGCACGUCGGCGAGCGGCGAUGUGUCGGCGUCGCAGGCCGACACGGCGAGGCCCUUGAGUGUGCGCGAGAGAGGCGUGGCUGCCUUCAGCACCUGCACACACACACACACACACACAACACGGGGAAGGUCUCUCUCUGUCUGUCUGUCUGUCUGUCGGCUGACGGACAUUUUCCUCCAUGUCGUCCAUGACGCGCACUGUGGCCCUCCACAGCCACUCAUAAUGGCCACUCAACUGCACACACACACACACACACACGCUCUCUAUGUCUGUGUGUGUGGUUUGGGUCAGUCAGUUGUGUGCUGACGGACGUCUGUCCAUCGUCGGCCCCUCAGCAGGAGUGUCAGCGCCCUGCACGCCGCCACACGCGUCUCAGCAGAAUACGCCUCCAAACCCUGCAAUUUCACAAAGGUGUCUGGUCUGUCUGUCUGUCUGUGUGUCUGUGUGUGUGAGAGUAUGGGUGUGCCUGGAUGAGGUUUGGCAGUGCAGCCUUCCACUCUGCUGCGGUGCCGACAAACGCCGCGGCCGACUCCACACCGAACCGAGCGCAGCACAGCUGCUCCGUCGCCACACGCACUGACACACACACACACACACACACACACACAAGUCCCGUGCGCGUCUUGGCCGCCGCACACACACCCAUUCCACCUUGGUCAUUGCCGUGAAAGAGGUAGAGGACCAUUUUGCUCUUGAGCGAUGAGGGGCAGACCAGCCUGGCCAGGGUGGGUGUGUGGGGCAUGGUGAGGCACGGCGCCAUGAGGUCGACCGUGGCAGUGAAUGGCUCAGAUGUGAAGGCUGACGGCUGCGGCUGGUCCAUGUAGGCGAAGAGCAAGGGGUGGUGAGAGAGGGUGCGGGCGACAUUGGCUGCACCCAAUACACACACACACACACAAUGAUGGAUAAGGCAUUGGGGGGGAGAGGGGUGCAGGCUGACCGAACUCCUUGAGCAGGGCCAGCCGUGCGGUGGCUGCCUGUGUGUCCGACAUGAGGGCCAGUGUCUGCACACACACACACACACACACACACAGAGCGAGAGAGAGAGAGAGAUAAAGCCCCCAGCCACCGACCCACCUUGUCAGCGGCCUUCUGCUGCAACCGUUGGUCUCCCUCACUCUGCAUCUUCAUCACCCUCUUCCAGUUGGUCGCCGCCGUCUUGAGCACCAGUUUGCAGACCUCCUGCCGCACCGACACCAAUGUGCCGACCUCGGCCUCACUCGUCAGCUCACAGGCCCACUUGUAGGUGCGGACGAGGGCGCGCCACGCGCACUCGCCGACAAAGACGGAGGGGUCGGGGAGCCGUUCGCAGAGCGACUCGGCGAUUUGUGUGAUGUGUUUGGCGAGGGCGGGGUGGGUGUGUGGGGGCAGGUCAUCAUGCUUGAGGAGCACUGCCCACCAGACACAGACGCUGCGCUCCAUCUCGCGCUUGUCCAGCUCGUCCAGAUCCACUUUCACCUCUUGCACACCCACCUGCACACACACACACACACAGGAUGUUCCCUCUCUGCCUCUUUGGUGUGGUGUGGUGUGGUGUGUGGUCACCUUGACUGUCUGAGUCCUCUUCGUGCCCCUCUGGGCUGCCUCCUCCAUGAACCGUGAUGGGGCCUCAAUUAUGGCCGUGAUGAGCCGCUCGGUGCGAGAGGAGCCCUUGGCUGUGGCUGUGGCGGUGGUGUGUGCGAGCAGCAUCGCCGAGAGGGCCGCGCCGAUGCGGCACUUGGCGACCUCUUCGCGGCGGGUGCCCUCCUGCACACCACAAACACACACACAAAUGUCCACCCACCGUGGUACGGUGAGAGGGUAGGGGGGGUGAGCAAAGGACACGCACAUACUUGUAGCAGCAGCUGCAGGCAUGUGUCGUAGGUGUGGUCGUCGUAUCGGCCGCCGAUGCCGCCCAGAGCCAUCCAGGCUCCCUGACACAGCAAGGCACCCCGAGUGCCCUGCGGACCUGAGACACACACACAUUCAUGUGGAUGGAUGGAAAGACCCAAAGCAUCUUUCCCUCACCGAUUGUCUCCUCACUGCUGUCGAUGGCGGCGUACCUCCGCCCCACAGCCUUCAGUGCCUCCACCACAGCGCCGAUCUGCUGGUGCUCUUGCUGUGGUGGUCCAUCACUGUCACUGUGCCGCAGCGGAAGUGGCAGUGUUCGUCGCGCACACACCGCCUCGAUGCUCUCACAACACGCCAGCAGCAGCUCGAGCGACGCACUCGACUCAGACAGGCUCUUCAAGACGCACUCAAAGGCACCAGACUGCACCUGAGGGUCGAGGGAGGGCUCGAGCCGGCCAAUCAGGUGGCCCAGAGCGACCACAGCGCCAGCCGCGCUGUCCUCCUCUUUGCUCUCCUCGGAUGUUGCCCGCCGGUGGAAGUCCUUGAGCCACUGCCGCUGUGUGUCGAUUGGCAUGCUCUCUGCCAGCCGUCCGAUCAGCGAGGCCAUCUUGCGCCUGUUGCUGCCGCCCGAGUAGAGGAUGCCCUCGAUGAGCAAAGGCAGCCUCCUCUCCAGCUGAGGAAGGAUCGUUUUGGUACUGGCAGCUGUCAGGUCUAGGACGGUGAGCAGCAGCUGGGCGAUGAGAAAGUGCGAUCGGAACAUGGUGGCGUGGGUGUCGUCGGGCACCAGCAGUGUGUCGAGGGCAUAGAUGAGGGCGUAGAGGCUCUGUGCCGACGGCAGCUCGGGCGCACUCGGCAAGUCGAGAGCAGCGGACACACGCUCCUGAAAGUCACACACACAAGGCACAGAGACAGACAGAGGCACGGGCACUUUCGUCCAACUGCACCCGAGAAGUACCUUCUCUGUCUGCUCAAUGAUUGUCUCCUCCUCAGCGGUGUCAUCUUCCUCUUGCACGGCUCCUUCCCCGUCAGCAUCAGCAGCAGCAUCAGCACCAGGAGGACCGUCCUGCCCCCCCACCUCCACUUUUUGCCGCUUCCUCUCGGGGGGCGAGUCGGGCAGCUGUCGUGUGCCCGUGGAUCCGGUAAUGGUGGUGGUAUCCUUCUGCUGUUGCUGCUGCUGCUGCUGUUGCUGUUGCUGUUGCUGGGCCGCCUGCCACGCCGCGUGUCGGGCAAUGUCGUUCUUGACGCACUGCAGUGCGUAGUGCAUCAGCUCCUGACGCUCCGACAGAGAGACGGGGGCUGAGGGGAACUGGGGGAGGGGGAUGGGCACCGCGCUGACGGCUGCCAGCCACUCGGACUCGGUCUGCGGGCGUGUGUUGCUCGGAGGGGGUGGGGGGAAUCGCUCCAUCACUGUGAAGGCGAUGAAGUUCUCGAACGACGGCAGGUCCAGCCGGUGCUGCUCGAUCAGAGUGGCGGCCGCAUCGCGCACACCACGGUCGGUGUCCGCUGACGCCUUAACCGCAUAGUACCUGCCAGCAGCGGUGUCAGGCCCAUAGAGCACCGAGGCCCAGCGCAUGGCCUCCUUUUUGACCCCUCCCACACGCACAGCCGAGUAGCGGUCCAGGAUGGCGAGGGCCUGCUCGCGGACGGCCGGCGGCUGCUCCUUGAUGCAGGCGGCCAGGCCACCCAAGAGCUCCAAAAUGUGCGGGCCGCCGCCUUUGCGACGAGUGAGCUUGUUGAACAGCUGACAGACAGACACAGACACAGAGAGAGAGAGAGAGAGGAGCUGAGGUGCUUCUGGUGGCAGUGCAGGGGGAAAGGAAUGCUCAGCUCACGUGUGGUGUGGCCUCCAGUGCAAGAGCUGGGAGGUCCGGUGCGGUGGCGUGUUUGUGCAGAAGGGUCGCCGCAACACGAUAGGCGAGAGUGGUGGACGGAUCUGACGAAGCACACACACACACACACGCAUUCGACACCUCUCGCCUAUCCACCGACACACACACGUACAAGCAAGUGUCCUGCCCUACCCUCUCCGUGCUCGUCUUCCACGUCAGUGUGGAUGAAGGUCUCAUAGAGCGACUUGAAGAUGGCGCCGCAGUGAGGCCUGAGGGCGUCCGGUUGGCCGUGCAGCACCACCCACCGCCCCAACUGCAAAGCGGCCUUGUGCAGCUCGGGAGAGGGAGCCGCCAGGGCCUCCUCAUACACCUGAAGGAAUGAAUGGAUGUGCGAACAUCCCUAUUUGUGUGUGUCUGGUGUGGAUCGCAUGUUAUGUUCACCUGGAAGAUGUAGGGCAGGUAGUUGGCCGCUCGUAGCGACCGGCUCAGCAGCUGGAGCGCCUUGACGUGCACUCGCUGACACACACACACGCAUAUACACACACCAAAGAGUUGUGUGUGUGCAGACGGCCGUCUGCCAUGUGUGUCACCCACUCACCUGUGGGACUCGCCAUCUCCUGCCCUCCACCCUGGGCACCACCGUCACGGGGCCAAACACAUCCCCCCCACUCACCACAAACGGACCCACGCUCCCACCACUCGGAGGCGCCUCCCUCCUCUCUGUCCCCUCUCCCGCCCCUGGCCCAUUCUCACCAACCGCAGACACGGGCAUGGGCGGUGGUGGUGGCGGCGGCUUCUCCAACACGCUCUCAAUAAUUGCCGCGAUGAAUCGGUCGUCGUUGACGUCCAUCUGGCCCUGAAUGGUCUUGACCAUGCCGUCAGCGGCGUUUGCCGUCUGCUCGUCGUGAGGGUCGCAGGAGGCGAUGAGCAGCAGGGGGUAGGCCACCAGUGGGGGGAUGGCGGGGUGCGAGAGCAACGCCAAAACGGGAGGCUUUAGUGCCCGCCAGGACUCGGGAGGGUGCGCCUUGACUUUGGGCUUCCUGCACACAGAGACACACACGUGUGUCGUGUGAGUGUGGUCACCCACACCAACAGCCACCUCCCCCCCCACCUCCGCACUGACCAGUGUGUCCACAUGUUGGCGGUGAGUCCGGCCAUGGACACGGCAUCGCCACUGCCAGACGGAAUCAACAGCAGCUCGCGAAUGCCCGACAAUAGCCUGCACACAUCGAUCCAUCCAUCCAUCCAUCCCCAUCACAGAGCGCACACAAAGACGGCACCACACGAUCUCUCACUCCCUCACCGUUCCACGUGUUUCCUGUCGGCAUCUCUGAUCCACUCGGCCACAGCGCGCCUCUUGUCCGUUCCCUCUUUUGACAAGUGUGGCGGCAGGCAGCUGGCCAGGAAGAUGGUGAAAGGGGGGAUGAACUUGUCGGGCAGAGAGGGGAACACGGGCAGCAGGGCCGAGGCGCAGCUGAGCUUGGUCGGCUCGUCUGCACGCUGCACGCACCAAAACAAACAGCGCAAAUCAGACAGACAUAUAGUGCGCAUGGGUGUGUGGUGUGAUGGUGCGGACCGACUCACCUGGAUGCCGAGUUCCAAGAAGACGAGCGAGAGGUUGCGGAAGAGGAUGACGCCGUUGCCCUCCAUCGGCUUGGUGGCCCACAUGGUGAUGACCUUCUCGGACGGCACGGUGAUGCCAGACACAUUGCCCUUCACACGAAUGAUGAUCUACACGCACACACCACCCCAUCACACACACAAGAAAGUCUUCGAGAGUGCGCCACGUCCGUCAGUCAUUGGUAUCUGACGACGUACGUGGUUGAGAAUUUCAAUGACGCCCUUCCGAUCUGCGUCGGUGCAGAUGAGCAGCUCCUCCAAAACGGCCGGCAGGAUCUGACACACACACACACACACGGACACACACAGAGACCAAUAAAAGCAGCACUGCAUUCUUCAACGUUUCGUCUGUUGAUGUGAUCUGCCCACCUUGUCGAGCAUUGCCGUCAUCUUGGCGUCCUCUGUGUGCGUCAGGCGAAUCAGCAUCUUCGCGUACAUCUCAGCCUUGCCCGACUCAGACGCCAU